GGUCUGGGCACUCAGGCACAACACCGCGUCAACAGAAAAUCGAACCGCGAGACGAUCUGCGACCGGACUGUCCAUCUGCUAUCGCCCCUCUCUCGGUCUCCAUCUGUGACCCAUGUCAUCGCAUAGAAGCUGAUUGAGGGUGAUUUACUGGAGUCGCAGCCAUGAGGAUUGUCGAGAUUAUUAUCGACGGUUUCAAAUCGUACGCUGUGCGUACGGUGAUCUCAGGAUGGGACGAAUCCUUCAACUCGAUCACUGGCCUGAACGGCAGUGGCAAGUCCAACAUCCUUGAUGCGAUCUGUUUCGUUUUGGGUAUUACGAAUAUGACGACCGUGCGAGCACAGAACCUGCAAGAUCUUAUCUACAAGCGUGGUCAGGCAGGAGUUACCAAGGCUAGCGUGACUAUCGUUUUCGACAAUCACGACAAGGAGAAAUCCCCGAUCGGAUUUGAGGAAUAUACCAGCAUUUCAGUUACGCGACAGAUUGUCCUAGGCGGUACGAGCAAGUAUCUCAUCAAUGGCCAUCGAGCCCAGCAGCAGACGGUGCAAAACCUGUUCCAGAGCGUUCAGCUAAAUAUCAACAACCCGAAUUUCCUGAUCAUGCAAGGAAGGAUCACGAAGGUCUUGAACAUGAAGGCCGUGGAAAUACUGUCGAUGAUUGAGGAGGCAGCUGGUACGCGCAUGUUCGAGGACCGGAAGGAGAAGGCAGGGAAGACAAUGGCGAAGAAAGAGAUGAAGGUUCGCGAAAUCGAAGGCCUGCUCAAGGAAGAGAUCGAGCCGAAGCUUGAAAAGCUGAGAGGCGAGAAACGAGCUUUUCUUGAUUUCCAACAGACGCAAGGUGACCUCGAGCGGUUGACGCGGUUGGUUGUUGCUCACGACUACCUCAAGAACGGCGAGAGGUUGAGAGUGGCUGGCGAAGAAUACGAAACGAAGAAGGCUAAGAUCCAAGCCCUCGAGGACAACGCCGCGAAGCUUAAGGGUGAAAUCGCGCACCUGGAAGAAGACGUCAAGAGAGUCAAGGCCGUGCGUGAGAAGGAACUCCGAAAAGGAGGUAAAUUCCAGGCUCUGGAGGAUCAGGUCAAAGCCCACUCACAUGAGUUGGUCCGACUGAAUACCGUUUUUGACCUGAAAAACUCGAGCAUGGCCGAAGAAAAAGAGAAACGAAAGGAGAUUCAAAAGACUGUAGCCGAACUUGAAAAGUUGUUGAAGGAAAAGAAGAAGGUAUACGAUAAAUUGCAGGCACAAUACGACACUGCAAAAGCCGAGCUGGAUGCCCAGACGGCCGAAGUCGAACAAAAAGAGGAGCUGCUACAGACACUACAGACUGGUGUCGCAUCCAAGGAAGGCCAGGAAAACGGCUACCAGGGCCAGCUUCAAGAUGCCCGAAACAGAGUCAGCACAGCCACCACGGAGCAGGAGCAAGCCAAGCUUAAGAUUGCUCAUCUCGAGAAGAGAAUCAAAGAGGAAGAGCCUCGUGCCAAGAAAGCUAAGGAACAGAACUCUGGUCUCUUAAAAGAGCUGGAGGGUUUGAAGUCUCAAGCGAAGAAGCUUGAGGCCGAACUGGCGAAGCAAGGGUUCGAGCCGGGUAGAGAGGAUCAAAUGUACGAGGAACAAUCAACGUUACAGAGAAGUAUUCGAGAACUCCGUGAACAGGCAGAUGGAUUGAGGCGAAAAGUCGCAAAUAUCGACUUCAACUAUGCCGACCCGUACCCGAACUUCGACAGGUCCAAGGUUAAAGGUCUUGUUGCUCAGUUGUUCACCCUGAAUAAAGACAGAACAGAGGCUGGAACCGCGCUCGAGAUCUGUGCUGGUGGACGUCUGUACAAUGUUGUGGUUGAUAGUGCCGAGACCGGCACGCAACUUCUCCAGAAGGGCAAGCUCCGCAAGCGAGUCACUAUUAUUCCUUUGAACAAGAUCUCGGCUUUUAAAGCCUCGGCAGAGAAGAUCGGGGCAGCACAGAGACUUGCUCCUGGUGCAGUGGAUCUUGCCUUGUCACUGAUAGGGUACGAUGAAGAGAUUACUGCAGCGAUGGAGUAUGUGUUUGGUAACACCUUGAUCUGCCGCGACGCCGAUACUGCGAAGAGAGUGACGUUUGAUCCCUCCGUUAGGAUGAAAAGCGUUACCCUCGAUGGAGACGUCUAUGAUCCAUCCGGAACCUUAUCCGGUGGCAGCUCUCCUAAUUCUAGCGGUGUCCUUGUUAUUCUGCAGAAGUUGAAUGAGGUGAACAGAGAACUAAAAACUAAGGAGCGGCUCUUGGCGACCCUUCAGGAGACCAUGAAGCGUGAAAAGAAGAGGCUCGAUACCGCACGAGCUAUUAAACAAGAGCUCGAUCUGAAAACCCAUGAGAUCCGACUCACUGAAGAGCAAAUAAACAGCAACUCAUCCUCAUCGAUUAUUCACGCCGUUGAGGAAAUGAAAGCGAACAUCGAGCAACUACACAAAGAUAUUGCGGACGCCAAGGCUCGCCAGACUGAAGCUGCCAAGGAUAUUAAGCGCAUCGAGAAGGAUAUGAGUGAGUUCAACAACAACAAGGAUAGCAAGUUGGCCCAGUUGCAGUCUUCACUUGAUGCACUGAAGAAGAGUCUGAACAAGAACUCAAUCUCUGUGAAGACCCUUCAGAAAGAACUACAAGCCUCCAGAUUGGACUCUGAGCAGGCCGGAAGUGACCUUUCAGCCGCUGAGGAACAGCUUUCUGAGUCUGAUGCUGCUUUGAAGGCGCAGUUAGAAGAGGUGCAGUCUCUAAACAGGGAACAGGCACGAAUCAAGGAUGCCCAUGACGUUGCACAAGCUCAAUUGGAAGAUGAGCGUGCCAAGCUCACCGGAUUCGACGACGAGCUGCGCGAGCUUGAGGAGGCUAUGCGCUCGAAAGCUUCUCGUAUCACUGAGGAGGGCCUGGAAAUGCAGAAGCUUGGCCAUCAGCUUGAGAAAUUGCACAAAGACCAGCAAGCCGCGGCGCAGAUGGUGGCCAACAUGGAAAAGGAACAUGAAUGGAUUGCCGAUGAGAAGGACAAUUUCGGUCGCCCUAACACCCCUUACGACUUCAAGGGCCAGAACAUCGCAGAGUGCAGGGCGACUCUGCGGAACGUAACUGAGCGCUUCCAGGGAAUGAAGAAGAAGAUCAACCCGAAGGUCAUGAAUAUGAUCGACAGUGUCGAGAAGAAGGAAGUCGCGCUGAAGAACAUGAUGAAGACCGUCAUCAGAGAUAAGCGGAAGAUCGAGGAGACUAUUAUCAGUCUGGACGAAUAUAAGAAAGAAGCACUGCACAAGACGUGGACCAAGGUCAAUGCCGAUUUUGGUCAAAUCUUUGCAGAACUUCUUCCUGGUAGCUUCGCGAAGCUUGACCCUCCAGAAGGCAAGGAUAUCACCGAUGGACUGGAGGUGAAAGUAUCUCUCGGAAAGGUCUGGAAACAGAGCUUGACCGAGUUGAGUGGUGGACAACGUUCACUUAUCGCGCUCUCCCUCAUCAUGGCCCUUCUUCAGUUCAAGCCCGCACCAAUGUAUAUUCUGGACGAAGUGGAUGCUGCCCUUGAUCUUUCACACACCCAGAAUAUUGGUCGCUUGAUCAAGACGCGCUUCAAGGGUUCUCAGUUCAUUGUCGUUUCCCUCAAGGAUGGCAUGUUCCAGAACGCGAACCGGAUCUUCCGGACGAGGUUCAGUGAAGGAACUAGUGUUGUCCAGGCGCUGACCCCGGCUGAUAUGAAAUAGAGCCGGGGAUAUUGGGUCUAUUUCUUUUGUCUCCCUUGUCCGUCUGCUGACUGGGGGAAGGACUUUCUGUCGUACGUGGGCUGCUAUGUCUGAUGUCCAUGGUUGGUGUUUAUGGGGUUUGUAUAGGGUCCUGGGUUCAAAUAGGGACAUCUGGGAUGAGCUAUGCGUAAUGAUGAAUUUUGGUGAUUUCGCUAUACCUAUAUAUGCAUGUUUCAGUUUCCCAUUUUAUUGUUGACACUUGUAGACAUAGAUUGCUGUGUAGUUUCCGCAUAGGGGUUACGGCGCCGCAUAGGGAAAUUGCGCAGCCGACCUGGUGGACCGAACUCAGCUCAC